CCUGCUGCUGCUGCGUCUCUCUCUCUCUCUCUCUCUCUCUCUCUCUCUCUCGUUCUCAUUCAUGAGCGCGAGACGCAUCUGCGCGCUCCAGCGGCCGCUGCAAUUUACCGAAUUCACCUGAAGCAGGAACAGGAUCACUUAACAAUGCGUGCCAAUUGCAUUAUGUGCCUUCGCAAUCCAUUGUUACUUUACUCUUUUAGUCUGACGAGGCAGUGACGAGGAAGUAAGCUUCACCAUGGAUUGCCUUUUUCUUCUGAUAUGGACCUUACCCAUCCCGCUAGUUGGUUGCACUUCAAUCAAGCUACUUUCCACCCUGUUGUCCUGGAAUAUUAUCAAGUCACUGCACAUUUGCUAUUCGCACGCCUCCCACGCUGUUUCAAGCGGUUAUUCUUCCAGCAACAGCCACAGAUUAAAUCAUGACUUUGUGUUUGUAACCCCAGUGGAGGUAGACUCUGAGGGAGCAUACCUGACCCACAAUGUGGGCAGGCCACGCCCUCGGAACAGGAGAUCCCUGUCUCCUUCCCUGCACUACCAGCUCUCUGCCUUCGGACAGGACAUGCACCUAGACCUGCAUCCGUCUUCAGUGCUUGGUCCGGGGUUCACAGUGCAGAUAGUAAGCUCAAAUGGCAUUGCUACAGUAAUGGACGACCCAUUGUUACACAACUGCCUGUAUCAGGGAUUUAUCCGUAAUGUCCCAGCUUCCUCAGCAGCCAUAUCAACAUGCUCUGGAUUGGUAAGUGUGCCAUCCGGUUUAAUCCGUGUGUCUCAGGAUGAGUAUUUAAUAGCCCCACUACCCCAAUUUCUGGCUGAAGAGCACAACUACACUGCUCCUGAUGAUCAUCACCCACAUGUAGUCUAUAAACGCUCAGCAGAGAACGUUGUCCACAGAAGAUCCAGCAACCCAUCUGGCACCAGUUCUUCCAGACCUGACAACCCUUAUAUUCACCAACAUCAUCAUCAGCACCAUCAUGACUUCCAUCAUUGGAAGCAGCCAAGGCAACACUUCUGUGGACGUCGAAAGCAAUAUGCUCCCAAGCCUCCCGCAAGGGACAGUUUCAUCACGUCUGAAGAGUAUGCUGUACCUGAGGCUGAAAGGCCAGGGAGGGCAAAAAGAUCUCCCAUCAACACCAACAGGGUGGGGGGUCUGAAUGUGGAGACCCUGGUGGUGGCAGACAGGAAGAUGCUGGAGAAACAUGGCAGAGAGAAUGUCACCACCUACGUUCUUACCGUCAUGAAUAUGGUCUCUAGUCUAUUUAAAGAUGGCACCAUUGGAACGGACAUCAACAUUGUAGUGGUAAGCUUACUGCUGCUGGAACAGGAACCGCUGGGCUUGACUAUAAAUCACCAUGCUGACCAGUCCCUCAACAGUUUCUGCCAGUGGCAGUCAGGUAUGGUAGGAAAAGGUGGUAAACGGCAUGAUCAUGCUGUUCUCCUCACUGGGCUGGACAUUUGUUCCUGGAAGAACGAACCCUGUGACACCCUGGGUUUUGCUCCGAUUAGUGGCAUGUGCAGUAAGUACAGGAGUUGUACUAUCAAUGAGGAUACGGGACUCGGCUUGGCUUUCACCAUCGCUCACGAGUCAGGACACAAUUUUGGGAUGAUCCAUGAUGGGGAGGGGAACCCAUGCCGCAAGACAGAGGGUAAUAUUAUGUCUCCAACUCUGGCUGGUAACAACGGGGUCUUCUCCUGGUCCACCUGCAGUCGACAGUACCUUAGUCGCUUCCUUGGAACAGCCCAGGCAUCCUGUCUUGUGGAUGAGCCCAAGCAGAUUGGUCAGUACAAGUAUCCUGAACAGCUUCCUGGACAGCUGUACAAUGCAGACACACAGUGCAAAUGGCAGUUUGGCUCCAAGGCCAAACUUUGCAGCCUUGAUUUUGUAAAGGACAUCUGCAAGUCACUGUGGUGUCACCGUACUGGGCAUCGGUGUGAGACCAAGUUCAUGCCUGCUGCAGAAGGAACCAACUGUGGUCCAGAUAUGUGGUGUCGGAGGGGUCAGUGUGUUAAAUAUGGGGAGCAUGGUCCUCGGGCGGUCCAUGGCCAGUGGUCAGCCUGGUCCCAGUGGUCUGACUGCUCCAGAACCUGUGGAGGAGGUGUCAUGUACAGGGAGCGCUCCUGUACCAGUCCAAGACCACAGAGCAAUGGUAGAUUUUGCUUGGGCUCAAGUCGUCUCAACCAGCUGUGUAACACUCGACCGUGCCCUCUCAACGCCAUGGAUUACCGUGCCCAACAGUGUGCUGAGUACAACAGCAAGCCCUUCAGGGGCUGGUACUAUAAAUGGAAGCCUUACACCAAAGUAGACGAUGAAGACAUUUGUAAGUUGUACUGCAUUGCAGAGGACUUUGACUUCUUCUUUGCCAUGUCCAGUAAGGUCAGAGAUGGCACCUCCUGCUCUAACCAUAAAGGAGAUGUCUGUAUUGAUGGAGUGUGCGAGGCAGUGGGCUGUGACCAAAUUCUGGGUUCCCAGGCUUCUAUUGAUGCCUGUGGCAUCUGUAAAGGAGACAAUUCUACUUGCAAGUUCAUCAAGGGACAGUACACCCUUCAACACCGGGCUAAUGAGUAUUACUCCAUGGUAACAAUCCCAGCUGGCGCUCGUAGCAUUCGAAUUCAGGAAAUGGAAGUCUCCACCAGCUACCUAGCCGUCCGGUCUCUGAAGAGGAACUACUAUCUGACCGGGGAUUGGACUGUGGACUGGCCAGGGAAGUUCCAAUUUGGUGGGACUGUGUUUGACUACCAGCGCUCUUUCAACAAGCCUGAGACUCUGUAUGCUGCUGGACCUACUAAUGAGACGCUGGUGUUUGAAAUACUUCUGCAGGGAAAAAACCUGGGUGUGGUGUGGGAGUACACUGUGCCUCGCACUGAAAGGAAACCCAACCACAACUGGGGUGUGGUCCGCUCCAACUGCUCUGCUUCCUGUGCUGGAGGUCGUAUCUCAACCAAGGCUGUCUGCCUGCAGGACCAGAAGGUUCAGGUCAACUCCACUAUGUGUAAUCCCAGCACCAGGCCAAUAUUGGGCUCCCAUCUCUGCAACACACAGUCCUGUCCUGCAUAUUGGGCAACUGGAGACUGGGGGACCUGCAGUCGAACAUGUGGAGGUGGUCAACAGACCAGGACGUUGCGCUGCCUGAGGAAGGUAACAUACCAGAGGGAAGAGGUAGUGGCACACUCCCAUUGCCCUGUCAUCUCUCCUGCCCAAGUCCAGCCUUGCCACACCCAAUCCUGCCCACCAGAGUGGAGCACUGGGUCCUGGUCACAGUGCUCCAAGUCCUGCGGCCGUGGAGUGAGAAAGCGGAUCAUGUUCUGCCACAACACUGAUCCAGGGGCAAAGGCUGUAGUGGUGCCUGACAGCAUGUGCAGACAGCACCACAGACCCAAAGCCCAGGAGACUUGUGUCCAUCGGCGCUGCCCCAAGAACGAGAGGCUGCAGUGGAUCCCCACUCCCUGGGGAGAGUGCUCCAGGUCUUGUGGCUCAGGUUUCCAGAAGAGAGCGCUUCGCUGUGGGGAGAGAGACUCACAGGGAGGGUAUGUGGAGUUCCCCAUACGGAGGUGCAGGAACAUGGCCAAACCUUUGGUAUAUCUUCAGCAGGGCUGUAACCAAGGUCCAUGCUCAGAGCUUUCUCAGGUAGUCCCUGACAGAACAACUUCCAGUGCUUCGAUUGUGGGCUGGUACUCGUCUCCAUGGCAGCAGUGCUCUGUGUCCUGUGGUGGAGGGGUUCAGACUCGGAUCAUCCAGUGUCUUCACCAAGGUCGCCCGGCAGAUGGUUGCCUUCACCAUCAGAGACCCAUGACUUCUAGGGCAUGUAAUACACAUUUUUGCUCAGGCGCUGCUCUGGCUCCAGCACAACACCCUAGUGGCCAGGCUACUGGACCAGAACUGAAAGAUGAUCGUUGUUUGGACCACUUCAGCUGGUGUCACUUGGUUCCCCAGCAUGGUGUUUGUAACCACAAGUUCUAUGGACAGCAGUGCUGCAAGUCCUGCUUGAGCAAGAUGCCAUAAGUCUCUGCCAUCUCUAAGUCUACGUCAUCCAACCUCUGCCACAGAUGCCAUUCAUGGGCGAUUGCUGGCUACUCACACCUCUCAACGAUGUGUGCUAUCUUCCUGGAGUACUUGACAAGUGUAUAAAGAAGUAAAAAAAGGGGUGUCACUGACCACACUGAAAGGUCAGUGGUAAUCACUCUUUCAGGAGAACAAUAGUGUUUUUAGCUCCCUUAUUUGUUGAAUAUUUGUGUCUGGUUUUAUAUGCCUUUAUUUAAGUUAUUAUGAUUUUGAACAUUUGUAAUUUUUCAUUCUGUCAAGUGUUUUGUGGAUCUGUAACUUUGUAUUUCUGUGUUCUGUCCAGUCACUCCAUGUCCAUCCAUGUAAUGAGAUUUCACUGGACACAUUAGUAAUCAGUGAUGCCCUUGUGCUUGCCACAUUAUCUACCUGCUGAAUCCUACAGGGAUACAAUUUUCCUUUACAUCCCAUUCAUGUUAACACGAUGAAAACAUGCCUAUAGGUGUAUGUCAAGCAUUUUAUUGGUUGUUAUUGGUCAUAUUCAUCUCUCUUGUAUCAUUGUGGUAAAUAACAUAUUAGUCUCUCUUAA